GUUUUGUUGUUUUGUUGACUAACUAAAUAUUUUGGCUUUGAUAACAACUAACUUAUACAAGCUUUUUAUUUGUAGUAGAGUUUUAAAAUCUAUUAUUUAAACUAUGAGUGAAAUUAGUAAGGUUGACAAGUUAUCGUUUAUCACUGAGUGGUUUGACUCAGAAGCUUCCAUUAUCAGGAAGUUUUUGUUUUCCUUCUUCCCAAGCGAUUGUACAGUUGAACUGUUUGACAUUAAAAACCACAAGCUUUUUCUUAAACGCACACAAUGCAACGAACUUUCAAGAAAAGACAUUUUUGUAGGAAACACAAUCAAGAUUUUUAGUAGGCAGAUAAAAAUAGUGGAUUAUGCAGAUUCUAUCACGAGGAAAAAACUGGAAAGAUCCAUGCAGAGAACAUUUGGUUUGAUAAAACCAGAUGGUAUUUCAUUCUUGGGAGAAAUUCUGUGUACAAUUUAUACAAAUGGAUUCCAAAUUAGUAAUCUAAAAAUGACAAAAAUCAACAAAGAGUUGGCGACCAAAUUUUACAGCGAUGACCAAGGAAAACAACAUUUUCCAUCACUGGUGGAGCAUAUGACUGUGGGCCCUGUCGUGGCGAUGGACCUGUUGGCCGAGGAUGCAGUUGGCCGAUGGGAGGCCAUGGUCGGGCCUAUGGAUCCGACGGUGGCCAAGACAGAACGUCCGGGAAGUAUCCGAGCGAGUCUGGGGACUGACGCCAUCAGGAAUGUCAUCCACUCAGCUAAAUCAUCGCAGCAUGUCGAAAAGGAAUCAGAACUUUUUUUCGGAUCAAGAAAUAACGCUAGUUUACCAAUGAAGCCUAUAGCAAGACUUGAGAACUCUACUUGUUGUAUUAUCAAGCCUCAUGCAAUUCAAGAAGGUCUAGUUGGAAAUAUAGUAUGCAUGAUAGAAAAAAAUGGUUUCAACAUCACUGGAAUGAACAUGUUUUACUUGGAUGAAAUCAACGCAGCCGAGUUUUUGGAAGUAUACAAAGGAGUUGUGCCAGAAUAUAUGUCAAUGGUGAAGCAGUUGUGUUCCGGGCCUUGUAUAGCCAUGGAGAUAACCAGUUCUAAACCAAACUGUGAUGUUGCUGUGGACUUCCGCAAGUUUGUUGGUCCUUCGGAUCCGGAAAUCGCCAGACAGAUCAGACCCAACACAAUAAGAGCUCACUACGGAAAGUCUAAAAUAGAAAACGCAGUUCAUGUCACCGACUUGCCAGAAGAUGCCCCCUUAGAGGUGGAGUAUUUCUUCAAAAUUUUGCCACCUUAGUUCUUUGGCAAGAACGAAUGUGAAGACUUGUCCUUGCAUUUAAUUUUAACCUGCAUGACUAUGAAUAACUUAUUUUUAUACCUAUAUAAACCUUUAUAAAUUAUUUAUUUUAUUUUAUACACAGCAUGUUUUGAGCUGUAUAUCCUGCUAAAAGCAUUACUAAAAGCAUUACUGUAUAUCCUACAUUUCACUUUAAAAAUUUCUUUUAAUAAAAUUUAGAUUAUUUAUGAUAAAUGAAGAAUACCUGUGGAUUGUAUGAUCUAAAAAGGUUAAAGAACACCUGUCCAUAGAAGAUAAUCAACUAGAAAAAUAAAGUCAAUAGAAUACCCAUUACGCAGCAAACCUGCAGACUAAGCAAAUUUCAAUAUGCAUGAUUGGAUAAUUGGAAUUUCAUAAUUAAUUUAAAUAUCUCCUUAAAAUGUCAUCCUUGUUCCCUAUUUAAAUAACAUUAGUUUAAUGAGUACUUUUGUUUGUUGCUACAGGGAAGUCAAUCAAAGUGUCUCUUUAGUGAAAUGGUUAUAGUUUAGUAUUAAACAAUAGUAUAUUACGUUACUAGUCCUGAAAAUAAGUGUUUACCGGACGAGUGUGGUCGUUCCCGUGCGAGACGAAGUCGAGUACGGGAUUACCAUACGAGUCCGGUACACACAUUUUGGACGAGUUACGUACAAUAGUUUACGCCAUACUACUAAAUCCGUACAAAUCCUUAUAUAUUUCCACCAACUAAAGGACUAAAAAUCACUAGUCAUAACCUCUAAGAGAUGUUAUGUUUUUGUUUAUAACCACUCACUGCCACCUAAAUACAGUAUAAUCAGCUGAUUGGUGUCCGGCAAAACUCAUUGCAGUACAGUAGUACGCAAUGAAACCCCAUUUGAAUAAGCUGGUGGCAAACAGCUGUUUUCUGGACUAAAUCCUUGCGUGGGAAGUUCGUCAAAAGAAUGUAGUGUGGCGUAAAUACAUUUUCCAAAUAAUGUGAUGGAAAUGUGUUCAUAAACAAGCACACUAGCACAGUUUACUUAUUCUCCAUAAGAAUAACUAUAGGAAUUUUAAGUUUGAGCCUUUUGGACUGUUCGCCUUAAUUAUUAACAUAGGUGAGCACAAUAGUAUAUUACGU